AUGGCCGUUGAAGAUCCAGAGGUGCCACAAGAUUUACGUCUGAGGAUAAAAGACGUUGUGGAUAGGCUUGAUGUUUGGUCUGCUAUCGAAUCAUGGGUCCAAGACUACAUUUUCUUGUAUUACAAGACAGACGAGGAUGUUCAAAACGACCACGAACUCCAAGCUUGGUGGAAGGAGUUGCGCGAGGAAGGUCAUAGGGACAAAAAGUCAGAAUCUUGGUGGCCAAAAAUGCAAAACCGUGAAGAACUCAUUGAGUCAUGCACUAUAAUCAUUUGGGUGGCCUCCGCUCUUCACGCUGCGGUUAACUUCAGACAGUAUCCGAUCGCGGGUUACCUCCCAAACCGGCCGACCAUAAGCCAUCAGUUCAUGCCGAAGGAAAACACUCGAGACUUUGAAGAACUUGAGAAGAAUCCGACCGGACAAAUUAUUCUUGAAAACCAUCACGACUCAGCUUCAGACACUUUUUGGAAUAUCUCUGAUUGA